UAGUGAUCGGUUCCGGUUGGAGCCGUGCGGCCUUGAAGCAGCGGAAGCCGAGCCCGCGGUUUACAGAGACAGUAGGCACCAUGAGGGAUGUGAGCGGGUUCCUUCAACAGCAGCAGAGCGGGGCUGGAGAGCUCGGCCCUGACUGGCAGCAAAUGGAGGAGCUUUACAACAAAAAACUGUGGCACCAGUUGACUGUCCGACUCCAGAACUUUGUCCAAAAUCCCUGCUUCGCCACAGGUGAUGGCCUGAUCAAGCUGUAUGAGAAUUUUAUUAGUGAAUUUGAACACAGGAUUAACCCUCUGUCUCUUGUGGAGAUUGUUCUACAUGUUGUGCGGCAAAUGACAGAUCCUAACGUGGCCCUAACGUUUUUGGAAAAGACAAAAGAAAAGGUCAAAUCCAGUGAUGAGGCAGUGAUUCUCUGCAAAACAGCUAUUGGUGCUUUGAAAUUAAAUGUUGGAGAUCUGCCAGUGACAAAGAAAACAAUUGAGGAGGUGGAUGAGAUGCUGACUAACCUUCCUGGGGUUACAUCAGUUCAUGGACGCUUUUAUGAUCUGUCAAGCAAGUACUACCAGAUAGUCGGAAAUCAUGCUUCCUACUACAAGGAUGCCCUGCGGUUCCUGGGUUGCAUUGAUAUCAAAGAUUUGCCAGUUGCAGAGCAUCAAGAGAGAGCUUUCACUCUUGGAUUGGCUGGGCUUUUAGGCGAAGAUGUUUACAACUUUGGAGAACUUUUAAUGCAUCCCGUGCUGGAGUCACUUCGAACCACAGAUAAGCAGUGGCUGAUCGACACUUUGCACGCGUUCAACAGUGGCAAUGUGGAGAAAUUUCAAGCUCUCAAAGCAUCUUGGGGACAGCAGCCUGACCUGAGAGCCAAUGAACUGCGACUAAUGCAAAAAAUCCAACUCCUUUGCCUGAUGGAGAUGACUUUCACCCGUCCAGCCAACCAUCGGCAGCUAACGUUUAAGGAAAUUUCUCAAAUUGCGAAGGUUCCUAUUAGUGAGGUGGAGCUUUUAGUGAUGAAGGCACUGUCUGUCGGUUUGGUGAAGGGCAGCAUUGAUGAAGUGGAUGAACGUGUUCACAUGACUUGGGUUCAGCCUCGAGUGUUGGACCUACAACAGAUUAAAGGGAUGAAAGACAGAUUGGAUUACUGGUGUGAGGAUGUGAAAAAUGUGGCGUUACUUGUGGAACAUCAGGCACAGGAUAUCCUAACCUAACCAUUGCUCUGUCUGGGAUCAUUUGACUGCUCUUUUUAAAAUUAGUCGUAGAGUUUUCAGUAGGUCAUUUUCAGAAAUGAACUGUAUUUUAAUAACUUGGGACAGGGUGAACAGCUUCACCUAUUUCAGUUCUUUCAAACCUCACAGAACUAGCUUUAUUUUCUCAGGAGUGGUAUCUUUACCAAAGGAACAAAGAUUUCAUGUUUUAAAGUGAGUUGGGCCUGAAAUGAACCUUUGCUCAUUUAGCUAUUUCUGUGACCCCUUGCAUCAGGAGUCUUUAAUUAAUUGUCACAGACAACUACAAGUAAUAUAGUGUAACAGUUGUUACUGAGCCAGGAACCCAGAAAUCUGGUCUAAAAAUCCCCAAGGGAAUUUGAAUUCAAUUUGAAAAACUUGAUCUUAGUAAAAGUGACCAUGAAGCUGUCACAUUGUCCUAAAAUUCUUUUUGCUUCAUUUCCUUUAGAAAAGGAAGCCAGCUAUCUGAGUCCAAAAUGUGACUCCAAUUCCAUGUCGACUCUUUUUAAUGUAGCCCUUUUAAACUUCAGUGUACAGUCAGUUCAAGCUUGAGUUUUCAGCAAGAAAUUUAACUGUGACAAACUAGUUGGUGAUUCAGUAAGCCCCAUCAUAACCUUAGAGCAGUUUGAAAUAGGCAGUAAAUACUGGCCUAUGCAUUUUGACAAUGAAAAUAAUUGUCACAACUAAAAUAAACAGAAAAUGUUGGAGAAACCCAGCAAGUCUGGCAGCAUCUGUGGAGAAAGUGUUACUGUGUUGAGUUCAAAAUGACUCCUCUUUGAGAGAAAGUCAUAUAUGACUCGGUUAGCUGUGUUUCUCUAUCCUUAGAUGCUACCAGACCUGCUGAGUUUCACCAGCAUUUUCUUUCAGAUUUCCAGCAUCUGCAGUAUUUUGCUUUUAUAACCAUCCGUAUUGUUCUAUGAUCUGGGACUGGUUAGCUGCCCAAUCAAGUAAAGAGGCCACAGAUGGGUAAAUUUUCCUACAGUCUCCAUGCAGUGGCUGUGCUCCUGCCUGUCCCAUUUUUAAAGCAUUUUUUUAAAGAUAGGAUUAAUGAAGUUAUUGCUAAAAUCAUGAGAUGACAUGAUCCAUUUUACAAGAAUAUUUAAGAUGGAAUAAAAGUAUUUUAAAAUGUUCACUUGUGUUCAUUAUUGGAAGAAACUAUUCAGCGCUGUGGUAAAUUCUUGAUUUAAGCCAUCUCUUUUUAGAUAGAGUAACUGGAUUUGCUUGCACCAUUCCUGCUUUGUGACUCUGAUGCUUGUUCUGGAGAUUGUUUGUUCCCAGUACUCUUGAAUUUGGUAAUUUCUCCUAAUUGAUGUUUACUUGAGGGUUCAGUAUUAUGCUUUGUUUUCGCUGUAAGUCAUAGUCAAACCUUUCCACUGGUUCCAGUUGAACACAGUAAAAAUUCUGAAGAUCGUGGAUUAACCAAUGACAAGGACCGGACUCAUUCUGCCUGUCAAGGCCAAGAUUACAUUUACCAAAUUGAUGUGGUUGUGAAGAACAAACUGACACAACCACUUUGUAAUAAUUGCCUUGUGCUAAUGUCUAACAGGAUUUUCCCUGUUGGAGAUGAAAUGCAUCUACUGAUAUGAUUUUCACUUAUAUUUGCAUACGUAUCUUGGAACUUCACUUAACAUUUCACAACAUCUCCUUGUUAAGAAUAGCUGAUAAUUCUGUCUGUUCCUGACAUCAUCUGUAAGAAUUUAGCUCAGAAAAGAACACAGUUUGUAAGGUCGUUAUUUGGAUAUUGAGAUCAACGCGGUCUUCCUAUCAUCUGGUAGCUGCCCAGUUAGUGUUUUCUAUUUGUCGAUGGUUUUUACUCAUUCCUAAUGUGGUGCAGUCCCUGUUUCUCCGGAAUACUACCUUCUCGCUUCCCUCUGUAUUUUAUCUCAGUCUUCAUCUGUAUAAUCUAUACCAAUGCUUUGACUACUUUAUACUUACUCAGCUCUUCCCCUCCCCCUUUUUUAUUUUCUCCCUCGCCCCCUCAUUUUCCCACUCUCUCUUCAUCCCUGUCUUAUUCUAAGUCCAUUCCCUUCUCCAUUUGGUAUUCCCCUAUUUCAUGCCAUCUCUGCCUUUUAGAUUGGGUCUCUCUCAAACACCUUUUAUUUGUGUACCCUGCUGUAUUGUACCUGCUGUGUCUCCUCUCUUCCGUUUACAUUUCUCCUACUCCUACUCCUCCACCUGACCUCUUUCGCUCCCUAUCUUGCCCCGCCCACCUGUAUGUUUCACUCUCGGACCUCAAACUCACUUUCAGCAGUGAUCACUGAAUAUUUCUCAAUCUCCCAAAUGAUUUUAUUGCUUUGAUUGCUGAUGCCAAAUACUUACCCUAGCUGCUUGUACUUUGUUCGGCUAAUUACUAAAUAAAUAUCGAACACAGUG